AUGAUUCGUGGCUUUAGUUUUCGACUCUUGCAUCGAGUAGUUUUCUUUUCCUUCUGUCUGAUUUUCGCCUGUUUUUAUCAUGGUGGUGGUUCAGAGUAUGACAGGCGGGAAGAUAAAACAGAACCGAACAAAUUAAGGGAAAACUUCAACAGCAAACCCUUGAAUGAUGAAGAUUUUCUCGAACAAGACAUUGGCGUCCCUAUCUUGACAGAAAAUGCUAAACAAGUUGACGGCAAGGAUACGAAGAAAGAAACUGAUCUUUCAAAGAUGGCAAGAAAAGGUAAAUUCUGAAAAUGUGAGAAUAUUCGUAAUUCGUUUCAGAAGGAGUAACUGUUAAGCACAUUAAUUUUUUUAGGAACUGUGAUGAAAACAAUCCGAAGUGACAAAAUACGGAAGAGCCCAGAACUGUCGUCGCCGCCCGGGGUAAAAGUUCCAAGCAAAGAAUCGACUACCAUCUUCCAUUCAAGUGAGACAAAAUUGCAAAACAAUGCCAGUAAAAACUUAUCAUCAUUGGAAAAUCAAAUUUUUCACCAGAAUGACUUCGCUUCACUCACAACUCAACAUAUCCGGAACAGACGUGAAAUUGAUGCGAUCGAUCUUGGAAAGUCCGACAGAAUGCGCCAAUCAGUUUACCUUUACUAUAAAGUAUGA